UGUUUUUCGUUAUCACCACUCACAUGAACUCUGCAUUAAAAACUGUCUCUCUCAAAUCAAAAGACACAACCCAACUUUUUCUCAAGUCGCUGUGAGGUUGAUCUUUGCUCCUCUUUUAUAUACUCACAUCUUCUCCUCCCUUCAACAUCUUUGCUUCUAAAGAAACUAUAUCAAACAUCAAGAACGUAGAUCAACAUGCUCGCCGUUCACCGUCCUUCCCCCGCUGUAUCCAACGGAGACUCCCUCCAGGUUCCCACGAUGAUCGCUUCAUUCCAAAAACGUUUCCCUUCUCUCUCACGCGACUCAACAGCAGCUCGUUUCCAUACCCACGAGGUUGGCCCUAACCAGUGCUGCUCCGCCGUAAUCCAAGAGAUCUCCGCCCCUAUCUCCACCGUAUGGUCCGUCGUACGCCGCUUCGACAACCCGCAGGCUUACAAACACUUCCUCAAAAGCUGUGACGUCAUAGGUGGAGACGAUGGAAACGUUGGCAGCCUCCGUCAAGUCCACGUCGUUUCCGGCCUUCCCGCUGGUAGCUCCACCGAGCGUUUAGACAUCCUCGACGACGAACGUCAUGUCAUUAGUUUCAGCGUAGUUGGUGGGGACCACCGGUUAUCGAACUACCGGUCCGUCACGACUCUUCACUCGUCUCCGAUCUCGGGGACCGUCGUUGUUGAGUCUUAUGUCGUUGAUGUGCCUCCGGGGAACACUAAGGAAGAGACUUGCGACUUUGUUGAUGUUAUUGUUCGGUGCAAUCUUCAGUCUCUUGCUAAAAUAGCCGAGAGUUCUGCGGUGGAAGGGAAGAAGAAGACGUCCAUGUAAUGAGUGUUUUGUUGUCUGAAUAUGUAGUUUCAUUUGUGAGUCAUCGUCCUUUUGUAGUUUUUAAGCCGUCGUGUGAUCUGUUUUUCCGGCUUAUUGUGUGAAAAAGGCGAAUACAUUAGUAAAUUAAUCUCUCAUGCAUCA